AUGGGAAAAUCGUCCAAGGACAAGCGCGAUGCCUAUUAUCGACUCGCCAAGGAGCAGGGCUGGCGAGCACGCAGCGCUUUCAAAUUGCUCCAACUAGACGAAGAAUUCGAUCUCUUUGCCAAUGUGACCCGGGUCGUUGACCUGUGUGCUGCACCUGGUAGUUGGUCCCAGGUACUCUCAAGAGUGCUGAUCAAGGGCGAGAAAUUUGGCCGUGCUGCAUGGGAGGACCGGGAAGCAAAGUUCAGACAGCAGAUGUUGAAUGUCUUCAGCCCCGGCGUCACCGCCACACAAGAAGUAGCCAGGGCGGACUCGGAUGAGCUCAAGCCUCGAAAGGACGUCAAGAUUGUCGCCAUUGACUUGCAACCCAUCAGUCCACUGCCUGGCAUUAUCACACUUCGCGCCGACAUUACACAUCCUGCCACAGUCCCGCUCCUCCUAAAAGCUCUUGACCCGGACUAUGAACCCAGCAAGAAAAACCAACAAGCAGCUCAGCCCGUCGAUCUAGUCAUUAGCGAUGGCGCCCCCGAUGUGACGGGGUUGCACGACUUGGACAUCUACGUUCAGUCUCAACUCCUUUUCGCCGCGUUGAACCUGGCAUUAUGUGUCCUCAAGCCAGGCGGCAAGUUCGUGGCCAAGAUAUUCCGAGGAAAAAAUGUCGAUGUUCUCUACGCACAAUUGAAGAUCUUCUUUGAACACGUAUAUGUCGCAAAACCAAGAUCUUCUCGAGCCAGCAGCGUCGAGGCCUUUAUUGUCUGCUUGAACUUUCAGCCGCCCAAGGGCUUCUCUGCCAGCCUCGAAGAGCCGCUCGGAGUUGGUCAUCGCCUCUCAAACAUGAUGACUGAACGGUCGAGCAUGCUCCCCAUUGUUGCGCCAACUCUACUUCAGAGCCAACAGUCUGGAGCGUGGGAUGUGGCACCGGUGUUUACCAGGGUUGAAGACCAAGAUGGGAUCGCCGAGGUCGAAGUGGAAGAUGUCAGCGUGCCCGAGGGCAACCACACCCGAUGGAUCGCACCUUUUAUUGCAUGCGGAGAUCUUUCUGCCUUUGACUCCGAUGCCUCGUACAAAUUACCGCCAGGACAUGUGUCCCUUGAUCCAGUUCAACCGCCCACGGCCCCUCCAUAUAAACGAGCGCUGGAAAUGAGAAAGGCUAAAGGUGGUGCUUAUGGAAAGACCACAACCAAAUGA